UGCAGAUAUUCCUUCGCUUUUUCAUUGCUGCUGAGUCUUGCACUAAAGAUAAAAGGAUAAAACAUGUAAUGCAGCAUUAAGAGACACGCUGUAGGUGCAUUGUAAGGUUACCUCUUAUCCAACUUGUCUGGUCAUCAUGGGCCGAACGCCACAAAGAGAUCCAAAAGAGGAGAAGAAGGAGAGGCGGAGCAGCAUCACAGCAGGCUCUGCCCUCGACAAAUCAAACGAGCCUUUUAGUUGGGAAGACUAUCUGAGAGAAACCUCGUCUGUAGCAGCAUCACCUUCUUGCUUCAAACAGUCCAGAAUCCCACCUUCCAAUGAUUUCAAAGCAGGUAUGAAGCUUGAGGCUCGAGAUCCCCGCAACUCUAAUUCAGUCUGCAUUGCCACGGUGAUGGGCAUGAUGGGCACUCGCCUGCGACUCCGCCUAGAUGGCAGUGACAACACAAAUGACUUCUGGCGGCUGGUGGACUCUUCAGAGAUCCAGCCGUUAGGAACCUGUGAAAGGAGUGGAGAUAUGCUGCAGCCCCCACUGGGUUUCAGGAUGAAUGCAUCAUCAUGGCCCAUGUUUCUCCUGCGGACUCUAAGUGGUGCAGAGAUAGCUCCCGCCUCUGCUUUUAAGAAGGAGCCAGCAAGCCCAUCUAAAAACUACUUCCAACCUGGCAUGAAGCUGGAAGCAGUGGACAGGAAAAACCCUUACCUGAUUUGUCCUGCCACAGUGGGAGAGGUCCGAGGCCAGGAGAUUUUUGUUAUGUUUGACGGCUGGCGAGGCGCCUUUGACUACUGGUGCCCCUUUGACUCCAGAGACAUCUUCCCUGUUGGUUGGUGUUCCCUGACGAAGCACAGCCUACAGCCGCCAGGAAACUUCUUUACCCUUCCUGGUGCCCUUCUAGCUCCGGUUUCUUCCACAUCUGCAACUCGUCGCUCCUCGUUCAACUCCUCCUCCUCGACCUCCAUGCAGACCUCAUACCGACUGCCAAAUCCCCUGCCACCCCUCCCUGUCCGAAAGGGUGUCCGAGGUCGCCGUCCCAAAUCACAGACCAUUGCUUUGUUGAAAGCAGCGGCUGAGGCGGCAGCAGCAGCAGCAAUUAAUGGAGCACCUCAGAGCCCAGUGACUGAGACGUCGCUGGCCCCCAGACCACACAAGAAGAGAGGGCCCAAGCCGAAAGGCAAGAAGAAGCCUCUGAUGGGAGAAUCCCCAGGUUCAUCACCAGCUCCAACUCCGCCCCCAGAGACCAAACUGAACACCAGCCACGUCUCUAUGGACAGCAACCUCAGCAAUGGCUCAAAUGUAAUUUGCACAGUGUGUGUCUAUGUAAACAAGCAUGGCAACUAUGGCCCACAUCUGGAUCGAAAACUGGUCCAGCAGCUGCCGGAUCACUUUGGUCCAGCUCCAGUCAACGCAGUGCUUCAGCAGGCUGUUCAGGCCUGUGUGGACUGUACAUACCAGCCCUCUGUGCUGUUAUCCUUUCUACAGAGCCAGUCCCACUCUGGAGGGGAGGUCAUUAGAGUUUGUUCAGAGCAUGGUAUUCGCUAUGUGAAGCUGCCCUCUGCAUCCAGUGCCUCGUCUGUGCUGCGGUUCCUGGAAAACAUGUGCCAACACCUGGAGAGUGACAUCCUUUUCAGCUCACAGCCAUUCAACCCCUACACCAACAACACACGUUUCUACAACAGAACUAAAUCAGAACCACUGUCAGUCACGGAGAAUGGCGUUUCCAAUGACAAUCCAUCCAAGGACCCCACACCUACCCCUAGGCCCCUCCACAACACACUGGACUACAGAUCAGCAAAGAGGGAGCGGCCGUGUUAUCCUGGGCACACAAAAACACCACCACCACCCCUCCGACGAGUCAGCUCCAACCCCACUGAGUUUGGCCCCUUAAAUACACACAGACGAGUGGAGGCUAGCUCAACAACAGGUCCCGAUCACAUGAAACAGGACAGAGAGACUACAGGGAACAACGCUUCCUCCUGGUCAGUUGAUGAUGUCAUCAGGUUUGUCCAAGAGGCGGAUCCACAAACCUUAGGUCCACAUGUCGACCUGUUUAGGAAACAUGAGAUCGACGGCAAGGCUCUGAUGUUGCUGCGGAGUGAUGUCAUUAUGAAGUACAUGGGACUGAAGCUGGGCCCGGCUCUUAAACUGUGCCAUCAUAUCGAGAAGCUGAGGCAGAGCAAACAUUAGAUAAUGACGAUGAUGA